ACGAGGAAAGACUGAAGAAACUAAGAGUAAGCUCUGACUAUUUGGAUGUAUUUUACGAGGGAAAUAAAAAAACAUUCUUGGCUAGAAUUCGGUCUUUUUUUCCAGUAAAAUAAAGAAAGAAAUCAAAGAAAAAUACUUUAUCUUAAAUCGUAGUUAUUUUUUUACAGUAAUAACAUAAUAAUAUUAAUAAUAAUACACUUUAAUGUAGAUGUAGCCUAUUCUCCCAUAACAGUAAUCAUCUGUGGGAGAUUGUGACCUAACAGUGAGAUGUGGAUGUACAGUUGUCUCUGUGUACUUUUCGGUGUAGAAGUUAUCAUAACUACAGAUGCAAGCUCUGCCCAGAAGGAAGAGAAUCUGGCAUUAGGAGGUCGGGCUGUACAGUCAUCCACAGGAAUUGAUGGUUGGGAAGCAGCAAAUGCCAUUGACACUUCACCCUUCACCUGCACCCAUACUUACAGAUCUGAUAACCCCUGGUGGAGAGUGGAUCUUAUGGAUUCUUACUACAUCUCUACAGUUGUCAUCACUAACAGACCAGACUGCUGUCCAGAACGACUUGAUGGAGCAGAAAUACGUAUCGGAAACUCUUUGGAAAACAACGGCAAUAAUAAUUCAAGAUGUGCUGUGCUGUAUGGUGUGGGAUGGGGUCAGUCCGUAUCUGUGUCCUGUGCUGAGAUGAAUGGACAAUAUGUGAACGUCAUUAUACCUGGAAGUUCAAACGUUCUCAGUGUGUGCGAUGUACAGGUGUACAGACUAAAAGUCAUAAAAGGUGCCAUGAAGAUAAAAUUUACCUCCAGUCUCGAUAUGUCAGAUCCAGCACAGAGCAACAAAGUUCUUAAUGAGAUGAAGACUGCUCUGAUUUCUAAAGGAUUCUCCGUUUUCACAUUGACCUGGACAAAACUCCCUCAGAAGAUCAAACCGGAGACUAAGGGAAGGUCCACGUGCUAAGGGCAGGUACUGAAAGAACAGACAGUCUUUGGAGAAGGAAAGAAACAUGUUUUAUUGGUUGCUUUAUUUAUUUAAAUUAUUGAUGUUAUUUUCUUGAUGACUUGUAGUUAACAAAUGUUUAUAGAUUUGAGUAAAUAUAAAUGAUCAUGAAAUCCGUGUCUUCUGCACAUCAUGUUUUUCUAUUUCCUCUGAAAUGUCUGUAACAGAGUAUAGAGAUAAUCUGACAGAUUGUAUUUUCUGUUUAGAGCCUGAUAAUAUUAUAGUUUACUAAAUAUUUUUAUUAAUGAUCCCAAUGAUCCAAAUAUGAAUUGUGACUUUUCAGUUGUUUCUGUUCAGUAGUACUGGUUUGGAGUUUCAGAGCCAAUUGACAGAUGGGUUUUAGGUCUUAUCUUUUGGGUCAUAUGGGGUAUCACAAAUAAUUUGUAGGAACUUGAAUUUAGGUAUGUCCAGAAUUGAUUGGAGUUUUUGGAUGUGUAUUAGUUGGGGGUAUCUGCCUGGUUAAUUAAUUUCCUGCAUGUGUACAAUUAAAACAUGGUUUUCAAUAUAUUUUGAAGCAUCUAACCCCAUCCGUACCUUAAACCCAACGACUUCUCAACCAUAUAAAAUACAAGUAUAGUCAUGGGAAUGUAUUGCAUAAAUUGACCAAAUAAAAAAUAAUAUAAAAGUAUUACUCAUGUUGCAAACUGAAGCUAUACGAUAACUUUAUAUAUUAAGAACUCAGUGAACGCAGUCAAAUCAUAUUCAAAAAUAAACCUAAACAAUAGUUUGUCAAGACAGCCAAUAGCAUUUUACAUUUUAAGCUGACUUGAUAAUACAGUCUGUCGGAAAAUGCAGGAGAGCCAAUGCUUUUUCACGAUCAAAGAUGUCUUCUACUGGCAGCAGUUUUGGAACGAGUGCACACUUGAGAUUUACAGUUUCUCCUAUAAAUCAGUUUGUUGACCUUGGUACACUUGGUAUAUACUUUUUGAAAAAAAAAUUGUGACAGUUUUGGAUGCUGAGAUUUAUAUUAAAUAAUAAAUAAAUAUGUUAUUUGCCCUAAAUGCCUGAAAAGUGUAAUGUGUAAAAUAAAUACAAUUAAUCCUGGCGGUUUAGAUAAAAAAUCAUAUCCCAAAACUGUGUGCCUGGGAUGUUUUACAUAGUUUGUGUCGCACACAAUUUUCUCAAUAUUUACCAACCCUCAUGCCAUCCCAGAUAUAUAUGACUUACUUUUAUCAGCUGAACACAAUGGAAAUAUGCCAUCAUCUUACUGUACAUUCUUAUAACGGGCCGUGAUAAGACCUUUUGAGGGGCAUGUGCUGAAACUGAAAAAGGGCAACCAAAUAAAUAGCACAUAAUAAUCGUCUUAAAAUCUAUAUAUUUAUUCACUCUUAAUUAUUGAAAAAUUCACUAUUAAUGAAUGAAAAAUUACAUUUUAUGAUAGCAUGGCAUUAU